UUCUUUUAUUUUGAGAAUGAUGAUGGGGGACUUCAAGUUAUUUGGCACUGGGAUUCUACUGAAGUAAGUCCUGUUCAAGCAAAGAUGCAGAGAAAAUCAAACUUCUUUAUUAGGUGUAGUUACCAGGUUCAAUUGUAUUGGAAUUACAAUCAUAUUGAAUUCAUCUUAAUUGCCAAAAUUAUGAAACUCUGGCUGUUUGAAUCUCCACUUUCCCUUUCCAUGAUAAAUAGAAAAGCUUCUUCUACUUUCUUAAUUUGCUGCCUGUCUUAUUAUUAUUAUUAUACACCCCGCUGCCAAGACUUGCUUUAUUUGUUUCCUUUAUUUUCUUCUUAAAUCAGCCAUGGAAAACUGUGGUCGGAGUGUAGAUAAUUAGGCAUAUUUACAUGGAUCUUGUGCUUGUGCCACGUGCAGAAAUAUUCAAGGGAGUAUUAUAAGGCAAGAAUCCCGUCAAGUCAACCCUCUUAAAUCUCAGUUCAAAACAUAAGCUACAUCUUUUAAAUAAUCAUUCAUGGCGCUUAAGAUAUGUAUACUUUGUUAUAGCCUUAAAUGCAAAGUUUGGAUAUCAUCAUCCUUGUACUGUCGUCCAGUCUGACCAAUGAGUCUCUCUCCCGAGUUCCAAUCUCCAUUCAUGGACUUCCACUUCCCAAUCGUAUUCAUCACCCUUCUCCUUAUGUUUGCGGUACUGAAGAUAUGGAUCAAGCAGUCCAAAACCAGCAAGUCAGCUGCUUUGAAUCUGCCACCGGGACCAUUUCAGCUACCUAUAAUAGGGAACAUUCAUCAGUUAGCUGGACAUGUACCCCAUCAUCGAAUGAGAGACUUAGCCGAGAAAUAUGGUCCUGUAAUGCUCCUACAAGUUGGUGAUCUUACCACCAUUGUCAUUUCUUCUGCUGAAACAGCUAAACAAGUGUUGAAAACCCAUGAUCUCUUCUUUGCUCAAAGACCCAAUAUUCUUGCAGCACAGAUCAUCACUUACAACAAUCAAGACAUUGGAUUUGCACCUAAUGGUCCAUAUUGGAGACAGCUACGGAAGCUCUGCUCGCUUCAGUUGCUGCAUGUAAAACGUGUUCAAUCGUUCAGACCAAUCAGAGAAGAAGAAGUGUCGAACAUUAUUUCAGUCAUUUCAUCCACCGGAGGAUCGCCCAUUAACUUAAGUGAGUUGAUCCGCACUUUCACCUAUCGACUCAUUUCAAGAACAGCUUUUGGUAAGAUAUGGGAUGGGGAAGAAGAAUAUCUAACAGCCAUGAAGAAAAUACUGAUGGAAUUGGGAAAAUGCGCUACUCUUGCUGAUGUGUUUCCUUCCAUAAAAUUGCUUCGGAUGAUCAAUCGUGGGUCGAGGAUUAAAGUAGAGAAGCAUUUUGAAAAAGUAGAUAAGAAAUUCCAAAACAUUCUGAAUGAACAUAGAGCCAGAAAGGGUUUCGCCAACAGUGCUGGCGCAGAGAGUGAGAAAGUAGAAGAUGAAGAUCUUGUCGAUGUUCUUUUGGAUCUUCAAAAGAAAGGGGAACUUGAAUUCCCUUUAAUGGACGAAAACAUCAAAGCAGUCAUUAUGGAUAUGUUUUUCGGUGGCACUGACACGUCUUCUGCAACCAUAGAAUGGACAAUGUCAGAACUGAUAAAAAACCAAAGAGUGAUGGAAAAGGCACAAGCGGAAGUGCGGCAGAUCUUUGGGGCAAAAGGAGAUGUCGAUGAAGCAGGCCUUCACCAGCUAAUCUACCUCAAGUUGGUAAUCAACGAAACUCUAAGAUUACACCCUCCUGCUCCAAUGUUACUCCCAAGAGAAUGCAUAGCGAAUUGUGUUAUCAAUGGUUAUGACAUUCCUACCAUGUCUAAAGUUAUAAUAAAUGCAUGGGCAAUUGGAAGGGAUCCCAGGUAUUGGGUUGAACCUGAGAAAUAUAAUCCUGAGAGAUUCCUUUGCGAUUCAAUUGAUCAUAAGAAGACUAACUUUGAGUUUCUACCAUUUGGAGGUGGAAGGAGGAUGUGUCCUGGAAUAUCAUUUGGUAUGGCUACGGUUGAACUUCCACUUGCCCGAAUGCUAUACCAUUUUGAUUGGAAACUUCCUGAGGGGCAAAACCCUGAAAACCUUGACAUGACUGAAUAUCUUGGCGUUGCAGGAAGAAGGAAAAAUGACCUUUACUUAAUUCCAAGUCCUUGUAUUCCUCCCACCUUCAAGUAAAAGCAGGAGCAAACACAUGCAGGUUCUGUAUUAGUUUGAUAUCAGCUAAUAAGUCAAUUGGCAAUUAGUUUUCUAAUUAGCUUUUCA